AUGGACGCCUCAGAGUUCAGAUCUCGCGGUAAAGAGAUGGUGGAUUACAUCGCAGACUACCUAGAAACAAUCAGCUUGCGACAUCCACUCCCCACGGUCAAACCAGGCUACCUACGCGCCAUGAUCCCAGACCAGGCCCCGGUCACCGGGGAAGCUUGGGAGCAAGUCAAGAAGGAUAUAGAGAGGGUUAUAAUGCCAGGAGUGACACACUGGCAUAGCCCACACUUCCAUGCCUACUUUCCGGCAGGCAACUCUUAUCCUGCACUUCUUGGCGACAUGCUGUCUGACGCAAUCGGAUGUAUUGGAUUCACAUGGGCCUCGAGUCCGGCCUGCACUGAGCUAGAGGUUGUCAUGAUGGACUGGCUGGCUAAAAUGUUACACCUUCCCACAGAAUUUCUAUUCAGCGACGAGGGAAAAGGUGGUGGGGUUAUACAGGGAACUGCCAGUGAAGCCACUCUGGUGGCCCUGCUGUCGGCGAGAACUACAAUGUCCACCAAACUCCAGGCCGCCGACAGGAACCUGUCUCAUGGCCAGAUCCUGGACAAACUCAUCGCUUACACAUCCGAGGAGUCCCACAGUUCUGUAGAGAGAGCUGCUCUCAUUGGAAUGGUCAAAAUCAGAAAGCUGCGAACAGACGACAACUGCUCACUCCGCCUCUGUGCUACUGUCGGCACAACAUCAUCAUGCGCUUUUGACAAUCUUCGUGAACUCGGGCCUGUAUGUACAAGGUACGAUGUCUGGAUGCAUGUUGAUGCCGCCUAUGCAGGCAGUGCCUGUGUCUGCCCUGAGUUCAGAUACCUGAUCGACGGUCUAGAGCACUCCAUGUCUUUCAACUUCAACCCACAUAAGUGGCUGAUGGUGAAUUUUGAUUGCUCAGCAAUGUGGGUCAAAGACAGAGAUCUGGUCAGCGGAGCGUUUGAACUUGACCCACUUUAUCUCAAGCACGACAAUCAAGGUCAAGCGAUGCCGGACUAUAGGCAUUGGCAGAUCCCCCUUGGACGUCGCUUCAGAUCUCUCAAGCUCUGGUUUGUUCUAAGGAUGUUCGGCACAGAAGGGCUACAGCAGCAAAUCAGAAAGGAUGUAUCCUUGGCCAAACAGUUUGAAUCGUUGGUGAGAAGUGAUCCGAGAUUUGAAAUUUUUGGAGCAGUAACUCUGGGUCUCGUAUGUUUUAGACUGAAGGGCCCUAACUCCACAAAUGAAGCUCUUAAUAAGAGGAUCAAUGACGACCGCAGAAUACACUUGGUACCCUCCAAGGUUAAGGGCACUUACUUCCUGCGUUUUGCUGUUUGUGCAAGUAGCACCCAGUCUUCAGAUGUGACUUUUGCCUGGUCGGUCAUACAAGACAUUACAGGCAGUGUCUUAAAGGAGAUACGUUUACAGUGA